CGCGCCCCCCCCCCCUCUCCCCCUCUCCCUCUUCCCAUCUCGGAGGCUUCGUCCCCCCCUCCUUUCCUCCGGCCCCGCAUCCCUUUUCUCCACCCCAAUCCUUCCCAGACGCGCUGACCAUGGGCUGCACGUCGAGCAAGCAGAAAGACCGCAUCACGUCGGACAUCGAUGAUUCACUGGCCGAGAGUGAUGCGCGCGGCGAGCUCAACCUCAAGAUUCUGCUCCUGGGCCCCGGUGAGUCCGGCAAGUCCACCUUCCUGAAGCAGAUCAAGCUCAUCUAUGACAUCAAGCUCACUGAUGUGGAGCUCUCCACUCUGGCCAGCAGUCUCAAGCGCAACACCAUGCAGUGCAUGCAGAUUCUCGUGGACAAGGCCCACCAGUUCGACCUGAGCCUCGGCGUGGACGAGGAGAUCGGCCAGGCCAUCCUCGACUAUGAGCUUGGCGAUGACUCCAACUUUGACGGCACCAUUGCCGAGAUUGUGUCCAUCCUCUGGAAGAACCCCGCCAUCCAGGAGACUUUUAAGCGCCGCAACGAGUUCUGGAUUCUCGAGGCCGCUCCUUACUACUUCGAGAAUGUCCAGCGCGUGGCUUCGCCCGACUUCCAGCCGACCGAGCGCGAUAUCGUCAUGACUCGCGUCGUGACCACUGGCAUCACCUCGACUCAGAUCAACAUCCCCGAGAAGCAGAUGGCCUACACCAUUGUCGAUGUGGGCGGCCAGCGCAAUGAGCGCCGCAAGUGGAUCCACUGCUUCGAUCGCGUCAAGGCGGUCCUUUUCGUCAUCAAUCUGGCCGAUUACAACAACGUCCUCUACGAGGAUACCCUGGUCAACCGCAUGACCGAGGCUGUUCAGCUGUUCGCCACCACCGCCAACAACACCCUCUUCGAGAACACCCCCUUCUUCCUGGUGCUGAACAAGCGCGAUCUCCUGGAGGAGGUCCUGCCCACUCGUAGCAUUCAGACCUGCGAGGCCUUCUCCGACUAUACCGGCGAUCGGAAUGAUGUCAACGGUGUCAUCGAGUUCAUUUCGGCCAAGCUGCGCGGGAUGGUGCACAAUGGCGACCCCGGCCGGGUGCAUGUCCUGCCCAUGUCGGCCUGCCAGCGCUCGGAGAUUGAGACCGCCUGGGAGCUCAUCAAGAAGACCCUCGAGGAGAGCUACUCGGAAAAGCUUGAUGCCUCUCGCAAGUAUCUGGCCGAUCGCGGCCUGGAUGUCGGCCCCAGCCAGUCGUCAACCUGAGUGGCCCUGGGGCUGCCUUGGUGGCAGGACGACUGUGCCUCUCUGGGGCCCCCUCUCUCUCCCUCCCCAGGCAGUGUGUGUGUGCACUGACUCCGGACCACCAGACAGGGCCACCGGCACAGGAGACCGCCCCUGGAGCCCAGGUCUCUCUCGUCCCCCCCCCCCCCCCCCCCUC